AUGAAGCUCAUUUCGAUUGGAUCGUUGUUUGUAAUUUUUCUACUGACUGGAUCAUUAAACUGUGAUAAAGAAGACUACGACAACGAUUUUGCUGAGUUUGAGGAUUUUGAUACAGAUGAUGACUUCGUAAAGGUUGCGGCCGAUCGAAAUGAAGCAGAUAGAAAAGGCAGUGGCGUAGAUAAAUCAGAAGGAGCUGCACUUGGUGGCAACGGCUUUGCAGGUGAAGACGCCGAAGAUGAUGGAGUUGUAGAAGAUGAAGAUAGUGAAUUUGAUCAUUUUGAGGAUGAAGAAGAAUUCGAGGGAUUCAACAAAGACUCUUCAACACCACCAGUUUUCGACCAGAAAACUGGCGAGCCAAAACUCACCGUGGCCAAGGUGCCAUUGCACUUUGGAGCCCACUGGAAAUCAUAUUGGAUGGAAAUGAUUGCAAUUGCUGGAUUGUUAGCCUACUUUGCAAACUAUUUCGUCGGUCGAAAUAAAAAUUCGAAAAUUGCCAGUCUCUGGCUACAGACUCAUCGGCAAUUGCUCGAAGACAAUUUUGCUGUGAUCGGCGAUGACACGCAAAAAGAACGCGAAGGCCCAGACGGUUUCAUUAAAGAAAGCGAAAGUGUGUAUACUCUUUGGUGCAGCGGUCGCACAUGCUGCGAAGGCAUGUUGGUCGAAUUGAAAUUGAUCAGACGCCAGGAUUUGGUGGCCAUCGUUUCCGAUUUGAUGAAACCAUCACAAGACCAAUUGCAUAUCAAAAUUGAACUCUCACCUGAAAUUAUGGAUCCGUUUGUGUUCUGCGUCGCAUCGAAACGUACAGCUUCGAAAUUCUUUAAGGAAAUGUAUGAUUUGAGUAAAUUCUGUAUUCUAGUCAAUAAUCCUGAAUCUAAGUACAAUGUGCCAAGCGGAUUCGCGGUGCUCUCGGAAAUACCAGAAGCGUCAAGCGCUAUUCUCGAUUCACGUGUUUCAGCCAUGCUGUCCAAAUACAGCCACUUAAUUGAUUAUAUUUAUGUUUCGGAUCAGUACAACGGUGCCAUUUCGCAAGAGGACACAAGCCAACAACUGAAAAUGCCCGAUGUGAAGAGUCAACUCUUGCUUGGAUUCAAUUUGCCCAAGGCAAACGAUAUGGAAUCGGCCAAACCGUUGAUGGUUCUCGUAUUCUACUUGCUCGAAAAAAUUAAGCGAUACCGUUUAUCAAAGGAAGGCCAACAGAAAGCUGACAAAAACCGUGCACGAGUCGAAGAAGAGUUCAUGAAGAGCACUCACGCUGCUAGAGCCGAAGCCGCCGCACAGCGUCGUGAAGAAAAACGUAAAUUGGAAAAGGAACGAGUGAUGGCCGAAGAGGAUCCAGAGAAGCAACGCCGUUGGGAGAAGAAAGAACAGAAGCGCCAACAAAAGCGCAACCAACCAAAAAUGAAGCAACUUUCAGUGAAAGCCUUGUAAAUGAUACUUCGUAAAGUACAAUCAUAAUCGCAAGCAAUUUUACUGUAAGAGAUUUUGUCUUUAGUAUUGUUUUUUCUUUCCGUUUCAACACAUUAGAAUAAGGUAUAUACUCUAUACACUCACGACAAAAUAAUAAAUCGUCGCAAAUACCAUUAAUAAUCCUGCAUUUAUAUUGAGUCGUACGAAACCUUUACAUUGACUUCAAAUCCUAUCUACCAAAUUUAAUACACAAAUUGCAUUGAUUCAAUAAUAAGGUCGAGUUGUAACCUUUCAAAUUUAGCAUAGUUUCUAUGUGUAAAUCUGAAAUUCGAUUGAACCAAUAAAAAAAAGAAAAAGAAAAUCACAAA